AUGGGUUGCGCUGCGUCCACCUCCGCAAAGUACGACUUCGCCAAAGAGGAGGGGUGGACGGCGGAGACGGCUGAGCCCUCGGAUGAGACCGCGCAGGCGGCGUACCCCUCUGGAGAAUGGCGAGUUGAGGAAGCGCCCAACGAGUGGAUACCACUCGACCAGGGGAUUGGUGCACAGCUGUUGGAGGCCUACUGCAACGGUCAAGUUGAGGCACAGUACCUGCUUCCAACGGGAAGCUUCCACGUGGACUUCUACAACCAACUCCAGACCCAUCAGGAGACUGGACGGCAAUGCCGAAUCGCCUGGUUCGAGGCAGCCUUCGACGCCAACGCGGCGGCGCAAGACGUGCAGGAGCCGGUGGCGCCAGAGGUCUACCUCGGCGGUGAAUGGCUCAUAGAGGAAGGCGAAGGUCAAUGGGUCCGUUUGGAUCACGAAAUCUCCGCACAGCUCUUGGUGGCCUGGUACUGCGGUGAGCAACGAAUGGACUAUGCCCUGAAGGGCAGAACCUUCGAAGUGGAUUUGACCGUUUGGGCCAGGGAAGCCGAGUGA